UCUUUUCUUUCCUGCAUGCCUUUGAUCGCUUGCCAAGGAACCUCCACAAAUCCAGGCACUGCACAGAGCUGUCCUUGGUGUGCUCCCGAAUUGCCCAGUCAAGGGUAUCCCUGCCUGAGGUUGGAAGGAUGCUGUUACUCCUGGUGAUAUGAUUGCAUAGCAACACAGCAGCACGGGCUGGUGGAGGAGGAGAGAGCCAGAGCGUGCCCACAGCAAGGCUGAGCCUCAGCAUGCAUCCCUGUCACAGGGACUUCUUUGCUGAUUCACAGAGGCAGCCCCAGCCCCUGCCACUGGAGCCGGCUGCUGCCUUCAUUUCAGACCUGACGGAAUCGGAAGGUGCCCGUGCCCAGAGAAGUCUCCCUCCCCAUGAACCUCCGUGCUGAUGCAGCCGAUGGUCAUGCAGGCAUGCCCCUACACGCUGCCACGAUGUCGUGAGCGGCGUACAGUGGAGCAGCCACGUCUCAGCAGCACCGCCCAAGCUCAGGUUAAAGCAGCGGAAGAUGGUGAAGGAGCGUCCCGUGUAACCCCGCAGGCUCCCAACAGCGCCUACGGGCCCCAGCUACCCCUGGAGAUGAAUCUUUGUUGGAACGAGAUCAAAAAGAAAUCCCACAGCCUUCGGGCUCGUCUGGAGGCCUUUUCCGACCACAGCGGGAAGCUGCAGCUCCCCCUCCAGGAGAUCAUCGACUGGCUGGGUCAGAAGGAUGAAGAGCUCUCUGCCCAGCUCCCGCUCCGGGGAGACGUGCUCUUGGUGCAGCAGGAGAAAGAGACGCAUGCGGCUUUCAUGGAAGAGGUGAAGUCUCGGGGCCCGUACAUUUACUCUGUCCUGGAGUCGGCGCAGGCCUUCCUUUCCCAGCACCCGUUCGAGGAAUUAGAGGAACCAAAUUCUGAAAGUAAAGAUGCGUCUCCACGGCACCGGAUCCAGAACGUCAGCCGGUUUGUCUGGAAGCAAGCCAACGUGGCCAGCGAGCUGUGGGAGAAGCUCACCGCCCGCUGCGUGGACCAGCACCGCCACAUCGAGCGCACGCUGGAGCAGCUGCUGGAGGUCAAGGGCGCCAUGGAGGAGCUUGGCGCAACCCUGGACCAGGCCGAGAGCGUGCGAGGCGCCUGGGAGCCCAUCGGCGACCUCUUCAUCGAUUCCUUACCCGAGCACAUCCAGGCCACCAAGCUGUUCAAAGAGGAGCUCUCCCCCAUGAAGGAUGGCGUGAAGCUAGUGAACGACCUCGCGCACCAGCUUGCCAUCUCUGAUGUGCACCUGUCCAUGGAGAACUCCCGGGCUCUGGAGCAGAUCAACACCCGCUGGAAACAGCUGCAGGCCGCCGUUAACGAACGCCUGAAGCAGCUCCAGGAUGCCCAUCGGGACUUUGGACCCGGUUCUCAGCACUUCCUCUCCACCUCCGUCCAGGUUCCUUGGGAACGAGCGAUUUCACCCAACAAAGUGCCGUACUACAUCAACCACCAGGCUCAGACAACCUGCUGGGACCACCCCAAGAUGACAGAGUUAUACCAAACACUGGCCGAUUUGAACAACAUCAAAUUCUCGGCCUAUCGGACGGCCAUGAAGCUGCGCCGUGUCCAGAAAGCUCUGCGGUUGGACCUGGUGACUCUGGCCACAGCCUUGGAAAUCUUUAAUGAGCACGAGCUGCAGCCCAUGGAGCGUGUGAUGGACGUGGUGGAGGUGAUCCACUGCCUGACUGCCCUCUAUGAGCGGCUGGAGGAGGAGAGGGGCAUUCUGGUCAACGUGCCGCUCUGCGUGGACAUGAGUCUCAACUGGCUGCUCAACGUUUUCGAUAGCGGUCGCAGCGGGAAGAUGCGGGCGCUGUCCUUCAAGACCGGCAUUGCCUGCCUGUGCGGCACGGAGGUGAAGGAGAAGUUCCAGUAUCUCUUUGGCCAGGUGGCGAAUCCCGGCGGCCUGUGCGACCAGCGGCACCUCAGCAUCCUGCUGCACGAGGCCAUCCAGGUUCCGCGCCAGCUGGGGGAGGUGGCGGCGUUUGGGGGCAGCAACGUGGAGCCCAGCGUCCGCAGCUGCUUCCGCUUCAGCAACGGGAAGCCUGCGAUCGAGGGGAUCCAGUUCCUGGAAUGGGUCAACCUGGAGCCACAGUCCAUGGUGUGGCUGGCUGUGCUGCACAGAGUGACGAUUGCCGAGCAGGUGAAGCACCAGACCAAGUGCUCUGUCUGCAGACAGUGUCCCAUCAAAGGCUUCAGGUACCGCAGCCUGAAGCAGUUCAACGUGGAUAUCUGUCAGACCUGCUUCCUGACGGGCCGGGCCAGCAAAGGGAACAAGCUGCACUACCCGAUCAUGGAGUACUACACCCCGACCACAUCCAGCGAGAACAUGAGGGACUUUGCUACCACCCUCAAAAACAAGUUCCGGUCCAAGCAGUACUUCACCAAGCAUCCGCAGAGAGGCUACCUGCCCGUCCAGUCUGUGCUGGAGGCCGACUUCACGGAGACACCAGCUUCCUCCCCGAUGUUACCACACGCCGAUACCCACUCCCGGAUCGAACACUUCGCCAGCAGGCUCGCAGAGAUGGAAAACCAGAACUGUUCCUUGUUUAAUGACAGCUUGUCCCCAGACGACAGCCUGGACGAGGAUCAGUACCUGCUGCGUCACUCCAGCCCGAUCACCGACCGAGAGCUGGGGUGCAGCCCGAAGGUCGGCGACAGCCUCAACACGGAGGAUAAGGGGGAGCUGGAGCGGAUCCUGGCCCACCUGGAGGAUGAGAACCGGAUCCUCCAGGGAGAGCUGCGGCGUCUGAAGUGGCAGCACGACGAGGCAGUGGAGUCCCCCGCGGCGGCAGAGGGGUCUCCGGAUGGGCCCCCAGACCCGCACAACGAGGAGCUCCUGGCUGAGGCCAGGAUCCUUCGGCAACACAAGAGCCGCCUGGAGACCCGAAUGCAGAUCCUGGAGGAUCAUAACAAGCAGCUGGAGUCCCAGCUGCACCGCCUGAGAGAGCUGCUCCUGCAGCCGCCUACCGAUUUGGACGCCAGUGGCUCUGCAGCCUCUUCCUUGGCUUCCUCGCCCCAUCCCUCGGAGGGAAGUCAGCCCCGGGAGAAGGAGCACCCCACCCCUGAAACUGAAGCUGCAGAUGAGGUGGAGACGAGGGCACGGGACGUCAGCCUGUGUCUGGAGGACAUCAUGGAGAAACUGAGGAGUGCCUUCCCCAAUGCCCAAGGUACCAGAGUGAAAUCCCCGUCGCUGGCUUCUUAUCCCUCCCGAAGAUGAGUCUCUCGCUUGGCUCAAAUGAAGCCCUCCCCCUCGUUCAGCCAGUCCUGCAAGACUUGGGUCCCAGCCGCCCCCCACUACCCCAGAGCUGCGAGGACUUGCAUGGCAGAGCUUUCGGGGAGGAGAAAUUCCCCCUAAGUGUGGAAAAGCUCCCCAGCUGCACAGAACUGCAGCCUUUGGCCCAGGAGAGAGAAGCCGCGCACAGGGGCUGCCUUUGGCCCUGGAGAGAAAUAUCAGUCCCAGGAUAUCAGACCUGGUACCGAAGGUUUCCACCCCUGCUGAAGAGGAACAUGCCUGAUCCCAGCUGGUUCCCGGUAUCGCUAAAUCUGCUCAUCUCGAACCAACUCCCCCCUCUCCAUCCCAGCCUGGAGGUGCAACCCGUUGCCCUGCACAGGCGGCAAAGACCAGAGCCCUGCAUGUAUCUGAAGAAAUCACUCGCAUCCUCCCACGUACCCAGGAACAGCCCGUUCUCAGCUGGGAAUGUUUAGUUGGGGGAUGGGGGAGAAUCUUUUUCAGCUGGGGGCCGCUGACCCAGAGAAAAAUGAGUCGGGGGCCGCACACAAGUGAGAAGCAAAAAAUCCCCCAAAAACCAACAACCCCCAAAACAAAACCCAACCAAAAAACAAGAAACCAAACAAAACCCCUCUGAGACCUGAGCCCCACGCGCAUGCAGCUCAGGGCACCGGGGCUCGCCUUGUGUUUCAGCCCUUAAGAACGGCCAGACUGGGUCAGACCAAAGGUCCAUCCAGCCCAGUGUCCUGUCUGCCAACAGUGGCCAAUGCCCCGGAGGGAAUGAACAGAAUCAUCA